UAUGAAUCAGCAGUCAUUCGGAAAGAAUCCAUCGUCCAGUUCGGUUGCGUCGCCAGUUUCCAGCUCGUCAUCCGUCGGUCGUGUGCCGCCUUCUAGUUAUAUUUUUUGUGCCUUUUUUAAUUCCGCGUGGGCGUGGGCGUGAGCUGUGUGCUCGUACGAACGUGCAUACUCGACGACAAAUAGUUUGUUUAAUUAGUCGCCAGUGUGUAGUGAGCUCAGCUGGUGCCGGGCAGUGAAAACUCCAUCGAAAAAGAGCGGGCAGCCAGCAUCAAGUGACUCCGGCAGAAGAAGAAGCGCUACAGCAAAGCAACCAAAUCACAGAAUCACAGAAUCACAGAAUCACAGAAUGGCCAGCGAGGACACCAGCUUCAUUCCCGAUCUGCCAACGGGCGGACCUCUCUCGGUCUACCGCAAGCGGGCAAACUUUGACUGGAAGCGACUGCGUCUGAUCUUCGAGAAGGAGCAGGGACUGCGCAUCAAGUACAAGGUGUGGCGCCGCUUGGAGAGCGAUCCCCUCUUCGCCCAUGCCUCCCGCACGCUGCCCAUUGACGAGCAGAAGCGUCUGUGCGCCAUGCAGGUGAACCGCAUGAAGCAGCUGGACCUGGUGCCCAGAGAGAUCGAGAGCCUGAGCUUCUCCGCAAAGACCAAGUACCUGAUGUACAUAAACGAGGCCCUGGCCAGCUACUCCCCCAGCCUCUCCGUGAAGAUCGCCCUUGGUGUGGGCCUGUUCAACAACGCCAUCCGGGCCAUGGGCACAGAGAAGCACACCAAGUACAUUGAGGCUGCCUGGAACCGCGAGGUAAUCACCUGCCUGGCCGUCACAGAGCUCUCGCACGGCAGCAACACGAAGAGCAUCCGCACCACGGCCACAUACGAUCCGAGCUCCGAGGAGUUUGUGAUCAACACGCCGGACUUCGAGGCGGCCAAGUGUUGGGUGGGGAACCUGGGAAAGACUGCCACGGUGGCCAUGACCUUCGCCAACCUGUACACUGCCGAUGGGCAGAACCACGGCCUGCACGGCUUCCUCAUCCCCGUGCGCGAUCCCAAGACACUCCUCUCCUACCCGGGCGUCCUGGUGGGCGACAUCGGCGAGAAGUGCGGCCUGAACGGCAUCGACAACGGCUUCGUGGUGUUCAGCAACUACCGCAUUCCACGCGACAACCUUCUCAACCGCACUGGCGACGUCACGCCCGAGGGCGUCUACGAGAGCGUCUUCGCAGAGCCUUCGCAGAGUCUUGGGGCGGCUCUCGAGAGCUUCUCCGCCGGCCGCAUCGGCAUCAUGCAGGAGUCGGCCAACACCCUUUGCAGUGCCGCUGUGAUCGCCGUCCGCUAUGCUGCGGUCCGCAAGCAGUUCGGCCCGGAGCGUCAGGGCGCAGAGAUGGCCAUUCUGGAGUACCAGCUGCACCAAUACCGCAUAUUCCCGUACCUGGCUGCCGCCUGUGUGCAGAAGAUCGCCGUCGAGGAGCUGACCAUUACAUAUCUGGAGAUCAUAGCCCGCUCCCAGGCGGAUUCCAAUGGCUUCGAUAUACUGACCCAGAAGGCAGCGGAGAUUCAUGCCCUGAUCUCGGCAUCCAAGCCGCGCAUAACUUGGGCAGCCCGGGAUGCAAUUCAGGAGGCGCGCGAGGCGUGCGGCGGGCACGGCUACCUGGCGGCUGCAAAGUUGGGUCAGAUGCGGACCGAUCACGAUCCCCUGUGCACCUACGAGGGCGACAACAACGUGCUGGGCCAGCAGGCAUCCAACUGGCUGCUCCGGCAGUGGACGGCCAAGGAGCUGGAGACCCCCAUUGGCAGCGUACGGUUCCUGGAGCGACGGGAGCAGCUUAUGGGCCUCAGCUACGCUCAACUGGUGGCCCAGAGUCCCCUUUCCAGCUGGGAGUUCUCGCUCAGGUGCUACGAGUGGCUGCUGUGCCACCUGAUGGCCCACACCACGGCCCACAUCGAGGCUGAGCUGGCGGCUGGAGGGAACAAGUUUGACGCCCGGAACAACUCCCAGGUGGCCGGAGCCCGCGAGCUCUCCCUGGCCUAUGCCGAGUACUUCGCCCUGACCCGCUACGCGGAGCACGUGCGUCGGCUGAAGGUGGAUCCUGCGUACUGCAAGGUGUUGCGCCUGCUCUUCGACGUGUACGCCAUGUGGCUGCUGGAGAAGCACAUGACCACCUUCUAUGUGGGCGGAUUUGCCGGAGGAAAGGAUUUUGCCGCGGCCGUGCGCAGGCUCCUGCUGGAUAGCUGCCUGCAGCUGAAGGACGUGGCCGUGAGCGUAGCCGAUGCCAUUGCCCCACCCGACUUUGCCCUCAACUCUGUGAUUGCCCGAGCCGAUGGCCUGCUGUACGAGAAUCUGCAAAACGAAUUUAUGACCAACGAGGGCGCCUUCCAGCGCUCACCUUGGUGGCGCGACGUCAUCAUACCCCAGCCCCAGGAGAAGUCCAAGCUCUGAAGGAUUGAGCUGAUGGAGGUGAAGACAAGUGCCUGCUGGUCUGUUGCUGGGCUCGGUGGUGUUCCCAAUCCCAAUCCCCAUCCUAGAGUAACCCAAGUACAUAGUAGUAGUUAUUGUUAUUGUCAGGUACGAGUAUUGUGGCACUUUGGAUUCGCAUCGACCCUUUCCACCCCGCAUCCCCAUGCCGUACAUUCAAGUAUUUUAAGAUCAAAUCUGUUACUAGCCUACGAUGCAACACGCUAAAUAAACAUUAAAUGAUAAAUGAUU